AUGACGGCACGAGUAACGCAGUGGUUCUUCUUGUUCGCAGGAAUUAUCUACGGGACAGAAGCUGUUGCCUUAGAUGUCCAAUGCGGUAAAGUGAAUCGGCUAGCAGGUUACGUAAUAAACGCCGAAGAAACGGAAAACGUUUGGCCCUGGCAUGUAGCUAUCUACAAUUCUUCCAAUGAUUAUAUUGCUGGUGGUUCGAUCAUCAGCGAGCGAUUUGUGCUGACAGCAGCUCACGUGACCUUUCGCAAUGAACAUAUCGCUCUACAUCCAUUCGAGCUGCACGUUCGAAUGGGUAUCAAGGAUCUAUCAAAUCCAAAGAAUUACACGCGAUAUGGAAAUGUCUCAAAGAUCAUACGAUAUCCUAACUACGAUACGAGCCUGAUGGUGAACGAUCUGGCCCUACUAGAGCUAACGGAUGAUAUUGAAUUUAGUGUGCAUAUCUCUCCGAUCUGCCUAUGGCCGGUGGGUGGACCAAAUAUAGAGGAUCUGGCAGUCAAUGAGCAGGGAACAGUCGUUGGUUGGGGGUACACAGAGAACAGCACGAUUUCGCAGGUUCUGAGAGAAGCUAAAAUGUCCAUAAUUGACUUUCAAAGCUGUGUGGAAAAUACAAAGUCGUUUCAACCACUCCUAGCGAAGGGAAGAAAUUAUUGCGCAGGAAACCGAGGUGAAACAACAGUUUGUAGAGGUGACAGUGGAGGUGGAAUGUAUUUUAUGAUUGAUUUUACGUGGUACUUGCGAGGAAUUGUCAAUCAAGGUACACCAACGCAGGACACCCGAUACCCGUGUGAUCCCAAGAAGGAGGUUAUUUUCAUGGAUGUGACGUUCUAUCAGAAAUGGGUCGAAAGGUAUGCUCUUCCGAAGCAGCACAACAGACUGGGGUUACAUAGUUGUGGCCUAGGCAGCUACGUAGAAUCAAUGCAAAAGGUGAACAAGGUUCUCGCUCCAGAUCGAAACCCAUGGAUAGCUCAUCUACAUUAUUUGUUUUGGGAUCGGUUUUAUGUAAGCGACUGUCACGGCGUUUUGAUUCAUCCGGAAUUCGUUCUGACUCUUGCCAGGUGCAUUGUAAAGCAGUCCAAUCGUGAAUUAUUACACGUUAUACUCGGUGAGGAAUCGAUUGGACCGGACCCGUAUGACGAAAGUCAAUUCGAUGCUCAAGUUGUUGGAAUCACGGAUUCAUAUGUUCAUGAGCGAUUCAGUCCUGAAGGAUUCGGUUAUGAUGUUGGCCUGGUUCAUUUGGAAAGAAGAGCAGACCUUCAGAAAGACAGUAUCGAACCAAUCUGCUUACCGUCAACACUUGAGCCCAACCCGUACUACAUCUUGACUGCAUGGUACAGGCGAGACGAUCACCCGAAGGAACUAAGAGCGUCGCUUUUGCAGCCUGUUCGUUUCAGCGCAUGUAAUUCCAUGUAUCGCCGAAUCGGAGUAGUAGCCUCGCCGGACUCUAAUCUAAUUUGUUUCCAACAUUGCAAACUCAAGGAGCAGGUUCAAGCCAAUGGGACCUACAAUUGCGAAUUGAUAUACGAUAAAGAUUGCCGUAUCCCAAUAUCCGGUGGUCCGGUAUUCUACACCAAACAUGACGGAUACAAUACCUAUACUUACCUAGCCGGUCUGCGAUCAUUUGGCUCGGCAGAUUGUAAGGACAAACUGAAUGAUAUCUACACAGACAUCGUAUCGUUAGGAUCUUGGAUCGAUAAAACAGUGGAGGAAAAAGCAUUAUUCAUCGAUGAAGUCUGGCCAGUAAGAGUUGAAAAUUUUUAUUAG